UCUCCGCUCCUUUGGCGGUGCAUGGAUAAUAACCCUCAAACAUCUUCUAAGGUACAAUUCUCCAUAGCGGACGGGGACAUCUUUACUGGUGUUUUAAUGUCACGACGCGACAGAAGAAAAUGGAAUUAUCAAACAAACUCCGCUUGGAAAGGUGCCCGAUUUUGGCGACAGCAUUAUUAUUAUUACCUGCGUUAACGGUGCUGUGUAAUGACAUCCUGAGCCUGAAGGUGGCAGGAGAUCCAGUGCUAACCCCCAACUCCGUGUGCCUGCGCCUGGCAGGCCUCAGCAAGCGUCAGAUGAGAAUGUGCGUGCGCAGACCUGACGUGACGGCCUCCGCCCUGCAGGGGAUCCAGGUGGCCAUCCACGAGUGCCAGCAUCAGCUCAGGGACCAGCGCUGGAACUGCUCGUCCCUGGAGACCAUGGGCAGGCUGCUGCAUCACAGCGACAUCCUCAAGAGGGGUUUCCGUGAGAGUGCCUUCACAAUGGCCUUAUUAUCAGCGGGUGUGGCGCACUCCGUGAGCUCAGCCUGCAGCAUCGGCAAGCUGCGAGGAUGUGGCUGCGAGGGCAAGCGUCGCCAGGACGAUGACAAGCUGCGGUUGAAGCUCACACAGAUGCAACUACAGACGCUGCAGAAGGGCGAACUGGGAAUGACUAUGGCACGCUCGCUACCCUUAGGUCACCAUGAUGACCUGCCUGCUGACCUACACUCUGUCCACCGCCCUGCGGGGCUCAAGCCUUUUCAGGAUGAGCUGACCUCCAUGCAAGAGACAUGGGAGUGGGGGGGCUGCAACCAUGAAUUUCGUUUUGGGGACCGUUUCUCCAGGGAGUGGCUGGACUCUCGGGGAGCUUCCAGAGACAUCCACGCUCGUAUGAGGAUACAUAACAACCGAGUGGGGCGACAGAUAGUGGCUGACAACGUGAAAAGAAGGUGCAAGUGUCACGGCACAUCAGGGAGUUGCCAGUUCAAGACAUGUUGGCAUAUUUCUCCAGAGUUCCGGCUCGUAGGCUCGAUCCUCAAGGAAAAGUUCCUGUCGGCCAUCUUGGUCAACUCCCAGAACAAAAACAACGGCGUCUUCAAUACCCGAACAGGGAACGGUGGACGCAGGAGAAUGGGCGAACUGAACAGAGGCCGUCGUCGAAGCGUAUCCAGAGAGUUGGUCUACUUUGAGAAGUCUCCCGACUUUUGUGACGGUGACGCGUCCAUAGACUCCCCGGGCACGCAGGGAAGAAUCUGCAACAAAACGGGCCACGGCACGGACAGCUGCGGCUCGCUUUGCUGUGGCCGAGGACACAACAUACUGAAACAAACUCACAGCCAACGCUGCAACUGCAGGUUCCACUGGUGCUGCUACGUGCUGUGUGAGGAGUGUCGCAUCACGGAAUGGAUCAGCGUGUGCAAAUAAAUACCACGCUGUCCUGUUCUGACUGCACAGACAUUUUUGGGGCUCGAAAUCUCCUUUAAUCCCCUCUGCUGUUUUGCGCCUUGUAUCUGACAAUGUGGAGCACUUUUCUCUCCUCACUAGUGUCAGGUGUGUAUACGCCUUUUAUAGCUGCUGUUAUUGUCAAAGAUCGAAGAGGUAUUGGAGUAGAUGCAUUAAUUGCAAUCAUACUUGCCAACCUGGAGACCUCCGAAUUCCGGAGAUGGGGGGCGGGGUUGAGGUGUGUGUGUGCG